AUGACUGUUGCUGAGCUGCCCGCUCCUUUGACGAAGGGCAAGCGAUGGGCGAAGAAUGCGGCGGAAAGGGAACAGCAAAUACAGAGUGAAGCCAUUGCUAUCAAGGUGCUGCUUCCGGAUGUGUCAGAGGAAGACAUUCGAUGCCGCCUGAAAGAGCACGGAGGCAAGGGAGAUAUGGUUCUGCAGGAACUGCUGGAUGCCCAGGAGGCAAGUUUUCUGGGAGGGUUGCUGGACGAGGAGAGCCCUCCUCCAAGCAUAGAGGAGGCCGCACCCGUUCAGGAAGUGCAUCAGCAACCGCAGGCUUGCAACCCAACUUCACCGACAGUGAUGGAAGAGGCAAACUCGGCGCCGCCAAGUGCGUGUCGCCUCGCCUCAGACCAGAUUCCAGCCGAGGAUGCAGAGACUGAGGCCGAGCAGGCAGAGCCACAGAAUAGUGUGUCCAAAGCUCCUCAAGUCCCGAGUGUCCCGAUCUGGCUGCCCAUGCUUCAACCGUCAACUCCCUUGGAGCAAUCUUCCAAGCGGAAGAUCCAGUACGAUCGGCAGACGGAGAGGCUGAAGGCUGCCCUGGGCCCGGCGCCGAAGGCGGUCAGCGUCCCUUCGGCACACGACCUCGAUGUCCGAGGCAAAGCGCGGGAGGGAGGUGCCCAUUACUUUUGCGCCAUGAGACGCCUGUUUGGCCUCAGCAAGGAAGAGGCACCCGCACAGAAAGAAGCUCCGAGCCUUCAGGAGGCUUCAUCUCGCAUCGACGAGCAGGUGUCCAACCUCGAAGCCAAGAUCAAAAAGACCGAUGAGGAGAUCAAGACCUUCGUUGCUCAGGGGAGCUCCAACCCAACGGCCAAGUCCAAGGCACUGCAGGCCAUGAAGAAAAAGAAAAUGUACGAGCAGCAGAGAGAUCAGCUGCUCAGUACGCAGUUUAACGUUGAGAACCUGGCAUUCCAGCAGGAGCAGGCGGAGAUCACGGCCAUCGCGGUGCAAGCUAUGCAGACAGGUCACACGCAACUGAAGGAUCAAACCAAGCAGAUGGACAUCGCAGCGGUCGACAAGCUCACAGAUGACAUGGCAGAUUUGCAGGAUGAGAUGAAAGCCAUCAACGAGGCCCUGGCCCAAGGAUCUAUGGUGCCCGAUGGGGCCACCGACGACGAGCUGGCCAACGAGUUUGCUAAGCUCGAGGAGGAGAUGGCCGCAACGGCGCUGGCUGGAGGGGCUCUCCCCGACUCGGGUGUCCCCGCCAAAGCGGAGGGUGCGGCGGAAGUGGCUCCGGCACCCCGGGAGGCGGAGGCAGCUGCUGUGCCGAGUGCACCGCCGUGA